AUGCCGGUAUUAAAAUUUACUAUUCAAACAUUUUUAUUUGCGUGCUGGGGUUGGACAUUGAUCAGUCUCGUUUUAUUAUCGUCGUUUACAUUUUUUCUAUUUAAUAUUUGUCUUGCAUCAUUUAUGUUUUGGUUUUUGGUUACAUUAGGCGCAUGGAUUUUAUUUAUUGUGCCAUUUUUAAAAUUUAUCUAUUUACCCUAUCGUAAACGUCAAUGGCAAGAAUGGACAGCAAUGAACAAUGCAAAAAUAAGUAUGGCAUUUUUUCAUCCAUACUGCAAUGACGGAGGAGGUGGUGAGCGUGUUCUCUGGACAGCCAUUGAUGCUAUUACAAAAAAUUAUAAAGAUAUUCGAAUUGUUGUUUAUACGGGAGAUUGUGAUUAUACUCCUGAACGAAUUUUACAACGUGUAAGAGAACGCUUUGAUAUGAAUUUAAAUGCUCAUUCAAUAAGUUUCAUUUAUCUGAAAACACGUUGGUUAGUUGAAGCAAAAUAUUAUAAAAUGUUUACCCUAUUAGGUCAAAGUGUUGGAUCCAUAUUACUUGGUCUUGAAGCAUUAUUACGAUUUGUUCCCGAUAUUUAUUUUGAUUCAAUGGGUUAUGCAUUUACCUAUCCUCUAUUUCGUUAUAUUGGUUCAUCAAAAGUUUUGUGUUAUGUUCAUUAUCCAACAAUUAGUACUGAUAUGUUAGAACGUGUAACAGAACGUCGAAUUACUUAUAAUAAUCGUGGUUUUAUAUCAAACAAUAUUUAUUUAAGCAAACUAAAACUAUAUUAUUAUAAAUUAUUUGCCUAUAUUUAUGGUCUCUGUGGAAAAUGUAGCGAAUUAACAUACGUAAAUUCAUCAUGGACAAAACAACAUAUCAAUCAGAUAUGGUCAACAUCAAAUCGUACACAUCUUGUUUAUCCACCCUGUGAUGUUCAGUCAUUUUUAGCCAUGCCUUUAUAUGAUGAUAAUAAACGGCAGUUUUUUACGAUUGUAUCUGUUGGACAAUUUCGACCAGAAAAAGAUCAUGAAUUACAAAUACGAUCUUUUCAUGAUUUAUUACAAAGAAUUCCUGAACGACGUAGUCAGUUACGAUUACUAUUAAUUGGUAGUUGUCGACAUGAAGAUGAUCGACAACGUGUAGAAAGUUUAAGAACAUUGGUCGAUAAUUUGAAUUUGAAUGAUGUUGUUGAGUUUAAAUUGAACAUUAAAUUUGAUGAAUUGAAAACGGAUUUAAAUCAAGCAAUGAUUGGUCUACAUACAAUGUGGAACGAACAUUUUGGAAUUGGUAUUGUUGAAAUGAUGGCUGCCGGUACAAUUGUGCUAGCACAUAAUUCAGGUGGUCCAAAAAUGGAUAUUGUUGAUAAUCAGACCGGUUUCUUAGCACAUGAUCUCGAUUCUUAUGCCACAAAAAUGCGUCAGAUAAUUGAAUUAAGUAAUGAUGAACGUUUGCGACUUGAUCAUCGUCGUCCAUUCUCGUUACGUCCAGCUGAUAUUGAAUUUCGGCAAGAAUAUGGAUCUGUUGUUGUUAGGAUUGGGAGAACCAGAGUAUUGGCGCAAACAUCAUGUAAAAUUGUAAAACCAAAAGAAACACGACCAAACGAAGGACGUCUCCGUAUACUGUUAAAAAAUAUUCAUCUGUUAUCUUUUAGUUUUGAUGCUGGAAGACAGUCACAAUGGACAACAACACUCAGUCGACAUUUACUACAAAACAUACAAGAUUCGAGAUGUGUUGAUAUGGAAUCGUUGUGUAUAGUUGCUUAUGAACACGUCUGGGAAAUUGUGAUUACACUCAAUGUACUUGACUACGACGGAAACAUGUUAGAUUGUGCAAAUAUUGCCGCUCUGUGCGCAUUGUCCCAUUUUAGAUGUCCAGCGGUGACUAUCAAAGGAUUUGACGUUUAUCUGCAUUCCACAUCAGAACGUAAUCCUGUACCAAUACGUAUUUUACAUUUACCUAUUAUGAUUACUUUUGCUUUAUUUGAAAAUGGUGAACAUAUGUUAGUUGAUGCUUGCGAUGCCGAAGAAAAAGUAAUGGAAGGUUUAUUUUCCGUGGGAUUAAAUCAACAUAAAGAAUUAAGUUGUUUAGCAAUGUUGGGAGAAAUUUCAUUAAGUCGUGAUCAAAUACAAAAUUGUAUAACGUUAGCUCAUGGUUUGGUGUUGGAUUUGACAAAAUUAAUACGAAAUGCUUUGAAUGAAAAUGAAAAAUUACAUGCAAAACAGAUGAUUUUAAAAGAACAGGAUAAACCUAAAAUCCUAAAUAAAUGA